AUGGCGGCGUCGCCGAGUCGCAUGCCACUCGUGCAGAAGAAGCGCGUGCACGUGGGCGCGACCAACCUCCUGCGCGCCUCGUCGUCGUCGCCGCAACUGCCGUCGCCCAAGUUGACGGCGCUUUCCGGUGCGAUUUACGGCCGCGAGCCGGUGCCGUCGCCACCGACGCCGGUGGCGCGCACCCGGACACCGACGCCACUCGAGCCGCGGCCGCACACGACGGCCACGGGGCGUGAGCCGCCGGUGACGCCAAUUUUCGACAAGAGCAACCCGGUCACGCAGGCGCUCUUUGUAAAGAACCGCAACAAGCUCCGCGCCCGCGUCGCGACUCGGUUUGGCUCGAUGCGCGCCAUGUUCCGCGCGUUCGACGAGUCGGGCUCGGGCAACAUUACGUUCGAGCAGUUCCACAAGUCGAUUUCGUUUCUUGGGCUCGACAUGGCCGAAGACGACCAACGGCUCUUAUACCGCAUGGUGGACACCAACGGCAACAACUUGAUCGACUUUGCCGAGUUCUCGGAGAUGUUUGAGGCCGAGCCGAUGCUCAAGAGCUUUGAGGGCGCGACGGCCGCGCUCAAGACGCGGCCACGUCCUCUGGCGGUGACGCCGCGCACCAAGGCGCGCGUCGCUGCGUUCCAAGCCGAGCUCUCGGAGAAGCUCUUGACCAAGCAAGUGUCGCAGCAAGUCGCGUACGGCAGCAACUCGAGAGUGCUGCUAAAUGCGUUCCGCCACAUGGACCAAGACGGCGACGGGUCCUUGACGUACGACGAGCUCAAGGCGGCGCUCGGGCGCGACAUGCUCGACUUGGACAUCGACCCCGUUGAGCUGGAUGCGAUGAUCUCGACGAUCGACGCCGACCAGAACGGCUACAUUUCCUUCAAGGAAUUCAUCAGCUACUUUUCGAGUCAACCGGAAGGCGGGGAGCGCGACCUCUUUCUGCACGGCCGCCAGCGCGAGCUCGCGCAGCUCGAAGCACGCGCCAAGACGGUGCCGAGUCCGCGGCCGAUCUUCGAAGACCUCGACGGCCCGGCACCCGUCUUGACGCCAAUCAAGCUCCCGGACGUCGAGAGUCUUCCGGGCUGUCUUCCCGAGCAGCUGUGCAAGCGCACAUCGGCGCUGCUGCUCAGUCCGCCAAAGCCAGAUACUCCUGCGGCGACGCUCAACGCCUCAGCCAGCGUGCCCGAAGACCUCGCGACGUACUUUGCAACCCUCGGACCCGUCGUACCCCCCCGGAGUCGGCACCACAAACAAGUCACAGAAUGGAGUCGCAUCGGCGUCGGUGGACGCUGGCCCGCCAAAGAGUCGCCGGCGUACCUUCCGCCAGAAGAUCGCUUCUUGACCACCAACAUGGAGCAGUUUAGCCCCGAAAAGAGCGCGCGCGUCGGCCUGCCCGAAGCGGAUCUGCAGCGCACAAAGGCGCGUCUCGCCGCGCGGCACGAGCGCACGUACCACAACAUGCUUCGGAUGCAACACAACGCUGAGUUUCGCACCAAGCACGCGUCGUGGGAGGAGAAGGCGCGGGUGCGUGCCAAGUCCCAUCAGCGCCUCGUGUACAGCAGCGGCGUCGUCGAGCGAGAUGAGAAGCAGUACGGCCUCUCGACGCGCAUGGCCAAGAAGGCCGGCGGCGCGAGCUACCAUCGAAUGUGGGCCGGCAGCCUCGAGUCGCAGUUCAAUACGCAGCCGUGGGGCGUCCUCCCCCCCGAAAAGACCUAG